AUGAAUAUUUUCGAAGAAAAUGAAGCGCAUGAAAUGGGGUUCCAAGCGGACGGUGGCUUCCAACCCGAUGGCGACCUGCUUGUAGAUAACCCCAACGAUGAGCAAGGGGCAUUUUUCCCCAAUAGCGUGAACAGCUAUAAUGCAAAGAACGAAGCUCAACUAAGGGAUUCCGACCUGUUCCUAACAUUGAAUAACAAUUUUGCACCCAGCAACAACUCCACUUCGCAGGAACCCAUUUUGAAAGAAGGCGAAGUGGAAGCCCGUCCGUGCAAGUACCCGGAUCCCACUUCGCAGGAUGUGUUACAUUGCUAUAAGGCGAAGGAUCAUCCAGACGAAAAGAAUUAUUUGUACUCUUUGCACAAUAAAAACGAAGCACCUUCCAUCGAAAUGACGUAUGAUGGAUUUUUAAAUGACAACAACUAUUGCAAGUCUAGGAGUAUGUCAAUGAAUUUUACUGAUCCUUCGGACGACUGUGGCGGGAGUUCUGAUCCUCCGGGGGGGACAUCAAACGACAAGGCGGAUAGCGGGGAAGGGAAUAAUAGCCAUGAUCAGCGUGAUAAUCAGGAGGGUGAAGCGAAAGUAGAUGUAGAUGAUGAGACGAAUAACAACGGCAAAGCGAAUGAACAUGUCGAAGUUAAUGAAAGUGACAAGAUCCCCUGCGAUGGAGACAACGGGAAGGACGACAGGCCAAAUGAUAACAACGGCGAUGGAAACCCAGGAGGCAGUGAUAGUAAUGAUGACGGUGAUGAGGAUGACGACGAGGAGGGAGAAGGUAAUGACAGUAAAGAGGCAAAAGAAGGUAGUGAAGGUGAGGGAAAAAAAGAAGGUAGUGACAAGGAGGAGGAAAAAGUUGAUGUGCACAACUGCGCAACGAACGACGGUGGUGAGAUAAAUGGCCACGAUGAUAACCCUCAGGAGGAAAACGAAGAAGGAGAAAAAAAUGGUCAUAAGGAGGAAGGGAUAGAUGUUGGCGUCGAUGGGGAGAAGGCCAACCCAGUGAUAGAAGUCGUCCCAAUAGAGGAAGUCACUCCAGUAGUACAAGUCAUCCCAGUGGAGGACCUCCAGAGUGAGGUAACGAAACUGAAGGAGGACAUAAAAAAUAUGAAAAAGGAGAAAAUACACCUCCUGGCCAAAUUUAAAGCGUACACAUUGAACAACAAAAGGGAGAUCGAACGGUUGGAGGGGGAGUGCAAAGGUAGGGAGGACGAAGUUAAAACGCUGGACGAGGAGUGCAAAAAGAAGGACAGUCAAAUUGAGCAGCUUAUGGACCAACUUGCACAGCUCAAGGACCAACUUGCGCACCUGCAGGAAGAGAAGGCAAAGAUGGAGAGGGAGGCGAACACCCACGCUGAGGAGGUGAAAAGGUUGCAAGAAGAAAACGAUUGCCUGAACGAACAGAUAGAAGAAGAACACGCAAAAUUGGAGAAGCUCCAAAGUAGUCUCGAUCAGCAAGACGCGGAAGGGAACAAAUUGAAGUUGGACCUCCAGGAUAAGGAUGUGUUGUUUCUCUUUUCCACUGGGUCGGAUCGUCUCGUCUGUUUUACAAAAAAUGGGGAGCACCAUAUCGUGGAUGAGGAGUUGUUCAGGCAGAGUUACCCCACUGUGAAAGUGCCUACAUGUGUGCAAGACGAACACCUGAACGAGUUAAAGGAGCAAUCCCUCCAGGUAGAAAAAAUUGCAGAGGAGAAGAACCUCGUCGAAGAGGAGAAGAACCGCGUCGAAGAAGAGUUCCUCGCGUAUAAGAACAAGGUAACCGCCCUGAUUAACGAAACAAACGAAAGUUGGAAAAAUAUAGAAGAGAAAAAUGACACCAUACAAAGACUGAAUAACUCCCUCUUGAAAUACGAACAGGACAUUGAGUCAUACAAAAAUGAAGUUUCUACCAUGACGGAAAAGUACAAGGUGCUGGAGGGGCAACUUUGUAGAGAAAAGAAUAUAAGGGAGCAACAGAACGUUGUCCUAGCUGAUUUUAAGAAGCAGAUGCAAAAGGAGAAGGCGGAAAUAAGAAGAAAGUGCAAGGAACAGUAUGAUGAGGAAUGUCAGCAGAAGGUUAACGAGGUGAAGGCCAUUUUCAGUGAAAAGGAGGCGCUGCUCCAGAACAAAAUCCAGUUGCUCCUCCACCAGGUGGAUCGGAUGGUCUUCUCCAGUGAGGAGAAAUCGAAGGAGCAGCGGGUUCAAUCACAAACGCAAACUGAACAAUCAGAGGAGUUGACGCCGCUAGGUCAAUUGCUGCCUCCUCGGGAUGAUUCUACAAACGACCUGAGUUGCUCCACCACUGGAGAGAAAUGGCGAAGUGGAGGGGUUCAGGAGAAGAGGGACUCCCAAGAACCAACCCGCUCAGAGAUUGACUGCGAAAGUAACGUUGACUCCGUUCUCCUUACAAAAAACAACAAAAGGGAAAGCUUCCCCCAUCCCGACGCUGCCAACCAUUGUGAGGACAAGAACGAUGACACCACCAAGAUACCCAUAUAUCCAAACGAAUACAAAAAAAUCAGAAAAAAAUUGGAUAAAUACGAACUGGUCAUUAGCAAAGAAAAGAAGGACAAAAAAGACCUAUUAGAACACAUCAACGUUCUGACUAGCCAAAUAAAGAUCUACGAAUCUAUUAGUGGGAAUUGCGAACACGUCUUAUACCAGAAGAACAUUUUGCAAAACUUCAUCGCGCAGAUUCCUUCUAAUAUAAAAAUUGAUGACUACGUUUCGGUCAUUUACAACACGUUUAAUUUCUCGGCGCAGGAGAUCGAGUUAAUAAAUGCCAAGCGUGCUAAGCGCUGA